CUUCAAAUAAAAUAACCCCAUUUUUGACAUUACAAAACAGUUAUUUUAUAAGAAGACAGGCGAAUUUUAUUAUUAACAUUACUCUGAUAUUAUUAUUAACUCUAUAAAUCGAUAAAAUGGUUGACGUUCUCGAUAUCAAUGCAGCAGUUGAUAUAGAUGUUGAAGACGAAGGAGAUCAAAGUGUUCUUCGCUUGAAAGACAAAGUUAUCAAGAGAAAAGGUAGAGGAUUUGGAGUAGGUGAAUCUCGAGAUUACGACAAGCUAAAAAGGUACGAAACUAUAGAAUCAGAAGACGGAGAUGAGCCAGGGCCUCAAAAAUCUGUCGAAGGAUGGAUUCUUUUUGUUACAUCUGUUCAUGAGGAAGCUACUGAAGAUGAUUUGACAGAGAAAUUUUCUGAGUUUGGACCUAUCAAGAAUAUCAGUAUAAACUUGGAUAGGAGAACUGGAUUUUUGAAGGGUUAUGCUCUUAUUGAGUAUAGUGAUUAUAAAGAAGCUGCAACUGCUAGAGAAGCGUUGAAUGGAUCUAACUUAUUGGGCCAAACCAUAGGAGUAGACUGGUGCUUUGUUAAAGGUGCCAAAAAAUCAAAACGUAAAAGUAGGAAACAUUAAUCAAAUGUCAGCAAGAAGUAUAUUUAAUUUAUAAUUAUAAAUUACUAUUCUAAAUUUUCACAAAGAAAUAAAAUCAGUUUUAAAGAGUGUUUGGAAUAUAGGUAUAAUGUCUUCUUUUUUCAUUUGCUUAAUUAAAUAUAAAAUUAAUUUUUA